AUGGGGCUCAAGGGAUUCCUCAGGACCUCCCGUUUAGACAGCGUAUCGCUUGCUGUGUUUCGAUUCUCGAAACCUCUGGAAGUGGGAAGUGCCGGGGAGCUCCAGGCGCACCCGAGGAGACGCGGGGGCGGGGCCGCGAGCGUGCGUCCAACUCGUGCGCACGAGCAGCUCCGGGCGUCCGGGAGCUCGACGUCGGCCAGCGCGCGUCACCGAGCGGGCGCCCCGGCGUUUCGGGCGGCGGGGCAGGCGAGCGGCCAAAGGCCAAGAGCGACGCAGGCCCGAGGUAGGGCGCGGGGAGCGCGCGGCCUCUGUGUCGCGCUAAGCACUGUGGCGCGGGCCCGGACGUACCGGGGCGCGUUCUGUCUCCGACAGAAGAAGCGAAGCGCGUUCGUCCCACGCCAAGGACUCAUUGAGCAAGUCACAAUACUCGGAAGUGACACAGGCACAUUAUACACUGCUGAGCACUGGAAAUACCUGCAAGCACUUCUGGGAAUACUUCAGAAGCUUCCACCACUGUUCUGUUUUUUUAAUCAGCAGAUGACAGAUGCUGACAGAUGCUGGAGAGGAUGUGGAGAAAGGGGAACCCUCCUACACUGUUGGUGGGAAUGCAAGCUGGUGCAACCUCUCUGGAAAACAGCAUGGAGGUUCCUCAAAAUGUUGAAAAUAGAACUGCCCUAUGACCCAGCAAUUGCACUAUUGGGUAUUUACCCUAAAGAUACAAACGUAGUGAUCCAAAGGGGCACGUGUACUCGAAUGUUUAUAGCAGCAAUGUCCACAAUAGCCAAACUAUGGAAAGAACCUAGAUGUCCAUCAACAGAUGAAUGGAUCAAGAAGAUGUGGUAUAUAUACACAAUGGAAUACUAUGCAGCCAUCAAAAGAAAUGAAAUCUUGCCAUUUGCGACAACAUGGAUGGAACUAGAGCAUAUCAUGCUUAGCGAAAUAAGUCAAGCAGAGAAAGACAACUAUCAUAUGAUCUCCCUGAUAUGAGGAAGUGGUGAUGCAACAUGGGGGCUUAAGUGGGUACAAGAAGAAUAAAUGAAACAAGAUGGGA